AUGGCUGCUACCUAUAUUCCAUCCUCUCCUUCACAUUCUUAUACUAAAGAAUGUUAUUCAUUCUCUGACAGUGAAGAUGACUGUCAACAAGAUUAUAACGAUCAAAGUCCAAGUAGAAAAUCUGUUCAAUUUUCGAGAUUUCUCGUUGUUCAUGAAACUUGGUGUAACGACGAAUACGAUCGUACCUCCACGGAACCUGCUCGUCUCAACUUUAAGGAAUACUCCGAACUCCUCCAGCUAAGAUGUGAUCUUCGACGUGAAAUGGAAAAAAUGAUGAAAGCCGCUGCAGUUGAACAAUCAGCAACAAAUAAUCACCAACAAAAUCAAGAAUAA